UGAAAAAAAAAGAGAAUGCAGCGUUGAAAAAUUCUUGACAGCCUCAAGAAUGUACGGAUGUAUCGAUAAAUAAUUCGUUAAUUCUCAUUCACCAAUCGACCAAGAAAAUAUGAAGCUUGUAUGACUCAAAUAAUGAAGCCCAUACCCAUUUUGUUGUGUUUGAUCCCAAUUGGAAAGAAUGGUUGUGUGAUAAGUGGGAGUUGUAGAGGGAGACAGAUACACGAGGAAUCAAAAUAAAAGAACGUACCAAAUAAAACCGGACAACGUCAGAAUGAAUUAGUGAUGAUUCAGUGAUAAUUUCACAGAAAUGUCCAUCAAUGAAGCGAAUUCUGAGAGAAUUCUUAGAGACGUUAGACACGCAUUUCCCAUUCUCACUGGAAAGGUUCAGUCUGAAUGUUCUGAUGACGAAUAUCUGAGAAUAGUCGAUGGAAUUAGAUCUCGAAAUGCUGAAAAUCGAGUCAGGACACUCGUCAUCGAGGAAAUCAAGUUUCAUAUUAGACAACAAGUGGCACCAGCAUUCUGGAAGAAAUUCACUGGAAGUGAGAAUGAGGAACAGGGCUUUGAGCAGUUCAGAAUCGCUGUUGAUGAUCUGUACUGCAGACUCCUGGAAUUCUUGCCCCUUCUGAAGAGGCUGGAGAUGUUGUCCCAGGUCAAUGAGCCCCAGAACCACUCCCAGACUCAGUCCCUCAAUAUUCUAGCUCAAUUCAAGUUGAUUGUCAGAUCCACGUUGUUGAGCCAACUGCCAUUGGCUCACGAUGUCAUCAUCGAACAGUUUUACAAGAUUGCCCUCAAUGUUUUUUGCAAUACGGACUCACUGACAGAUUCCGGAGGCUCGUCCACCUCUCACUGCGCUGGAUGCAAUAAGGAAGUGGACAGUUGCCAGUGUCAAAUGAUUGUCUACAUGUUUCACGAAACAAAUCGCAAAUUGAUUGAGCUGGAACUGCUGGAACGUCUGGUGGGUAAUGUCCUGACGUCUCUCAUUUACGUGAGGAUUAAGGAUCACGUUCACAAGGUUUGUGACAGGUCUCUCGAUGUCUCUCAACUUUCGUCUCUCGAGACUUGGCUGGAAACAGUCGUUCUGAGCUGGCUCACACGAAUAUUCUCUGGUGGAUCAUCCAAAUCCGUUUCAUUGGACUCCAAAAUUCGAGAUGCAAUAUUCAAAUUCAAGAGAAAACUGUCGUACUAUCUUUACGAGACAUACACGACUAUCAGGAUCUCUCAGUUGUUCAAUAUAAUCAUCGAAUAUCCCGAUUCUCAACCGGCUAUCGAUGACCUUAGGGUCUGCCUGGAGCGAACGGAUUUGAGGAAGUUUCUGAUAACUAGUCUUCAAGAGGCUUUGAAGACGAGACUGCUCCAUCCUGGGGUCAAUACUCCGGAUAUUUUGACUGCGUACAUUGCAGCUAUCAAGGCAUUGAGGCAACUGGAUCCCACUGGAGUACUUCUGGAGACUGUUACUGAGCCUAUCAAGUCAUAUUUGAGGAGCAGAAGUGAUACAGUUCGAUGUGUAGUGAGUGGCCUCUUGGACGACUUCCCCAGCGACCUGGCCGAUGAACUAGUCAAAGGAGAAUCCCUCCAACUGGACGAUGGUUCAGUCGACGAGGAGAACGAAGACUGGGAGAAGUGGAUGCCAGACCCAGUGGACGCUGACCCAUCGAAAUCCAACCAAAGAAGAAUGUCUGACAUAAUCUCAAUGCUUGUAAACGUUUACGGUAGUCAGGAUCUCUUCGUCAACGAGUACAGAACCCUCUUGGCUGAUCGGCUCCUCUCUCAGUUGAACUAUCGCACAGACAGGGAGAUUCGACACCUGGAGUUGUUGAAGAGGCGGUUUGGGGAGAAUCAGCUGCACUACUGCGAGGUCAUGCUCAAGGAUAUUUAUGAUUCUAAAAGGAUUGAUGGCCUCAUCCAGACUAAUCCAACUUACAAUGCUGGAGAAGAGUGCUCAUCACCUCCAAAAUUCUCCACUUCAGCUCUGAUAUUGUCAGCCCAAUUUUGGCCACCUUUCAAGGAAGAGUGGAAGCUGGAGCUACCAAAGUUUGUCCAGAAUCAACUGGAUAAAUACGUUAAAACGUUUGAGACGCUCAAGGGGAAUAGGACACUUUGCUGGAAACCACACCUGGGGAAUGUCAAUCUGGAGAUUCAGCUGAACGGCAGGGAGAUCGAUAUGAGUGUUACACCCAUUCAUGCCACCAUCAUCAUUCAUUUUCAGGAGAAGAAUCAGUGGAAUGUGGAGGAAUUGGCUGAAGUCAUACACAUCCCUCCCACGAUUUUAAGGAGGAAGCUCUCGUUCUGGGUGUCCCAGGGACUGUUGAAGGAGACUGAGAAUGACGUGUUCCUGCUGCAGGAGGACAGCAACUCGAUAAACAGAUCUAUUAGAGAGCAUUGUGUGGAGGAGGAGGAGGUAGAGAGCGCUAUGGCCAGCGCCAGUGAUCAGAGGGAGGAGGAACUCCAGGUGUUCUGGAGUUAUAUUGUGGGAAUGCUGACGAAUUUGGACUCCAUGCCUCUGGAGAGGAUUCACCAGAUGCUCAAGAUGUUUGCUUCACAGGGACCUGGAGCUGUUGAGUGUGGACUUCCGGAGUUGAGACAGUUUUUGGAUAAAAAAGUUAGGGAACAUCAGUUGCUGUUUUCGGGGGGAUUGUACAGACUGCCUAAGCUUUAAAUAUUAUUUUUUAUUUGCUAGAUUUAUUUUCUUGAGCGUUUUCCUCUGUAUAAAAGAAAAAAAAUAGAAAAUGAAAGUGAAAGAAAAUGAAAAA